CUAUUACUAUAUCUCUCAUCCAUACCCUAGUUACAUUAUCAUAUUAUUAUCAUCACAAGCGCCAUCCAGUCGAUAGCGGCUGGGCUAUUCGUAAUAUUGAUAAUUAGUAUACACCCUACUGCUGGAUUUUAUCAGUUCUCUUUUUCAGACGAGCUGUGAACAUUGGAGCGCAUUUUCUUCAUUGGACGGUCCCGUUACGGAUUGGCCUGAUGUCAACACCACGGUCUUAUCCAAGGUAUCACUCACCGGAUUAUGCAAAUCAACUGGCUAGGAUCAGCCGUGCUCUAACCGGCACCGACGACGUAGAGAUGUUCAAAAAUAGGUUAAGAUGCGAAGAGUUCAGGUGUGGGGAGCUCGAGAGGAAAAGUGUCCUUGUGUUGUUGAAUGAUCUUCACAGGCGAAGGAAGAUCACGCCAGAUAAGCCGCACGUUCUUGUGCAGAUUCUGAGAGACAUUGGGAAGACUGAGUUGAUCCGGGAGGAAUUUCCAGAAUUUGACGUAGCAGACCCAACUGUCAGCGACAAGGACCUUGAUUGGUUGGCUUCGCAAAUGGGUCCCGAGUGGGAAUCUUUCGCAAGACAGCAACUGGAGAUACCACAAAGUAGUAUCGACCAGUGUAAGGCUAAUGUUUACCCGGUCAACGUGCAACAGCAAAUAUUCAAGGUACUGGCUGAAUGGAAACGCCGAGAGGGCCUAGGUGCCACCAGCGAUUCCAUGGGAAAUAAACUUAAUCAGUGUAAAGAUUUUCAGAGACUUUGGCAUGAAUGGAACGAAAGGCUGCAUCCCAAUUAAGGACACAACCUUUAAAUACAAAAUGCGAAAUCUGUGAAAUUAUGAGAAAUAAUUUGAGAAAUACUUUGUCCCCCAAGCGCCACAACCAGUCCAGCUUUCUCCUGAAGACGAGCAGAGUAUACUGUUUGAAACGUCAAGAACACACCGGCUCUUUUCAGAGCCACAACUCACACAAAAGAGAUUGACACAUGGCUGUACCCACAAUUUUACUAUUAAGAUUUCUUCCUACGGAACUGUGUUGUCUCUGCAAAGCUAAGUUUUGUUAUAGUCUGAGGGCCCAUGCGUUUUGGUGACCGCAGGUUGUCGAAACCACGGCUUCGGCUCCAGAUUCGCCUCAGGCCAUAGCUUGGCCCUGCAGUUGUUUUUACAAUUGCGCCUGUUUUGCUCAGGGCUUCAGAGCCGAGAGAACGUAGUCUGAAGCCGAAUCUUCAGCCGAAACUGUGGUUUCGAAACGGGCCCAUGUCAAUGCAUGCACAGAUCUGUGUCUUCCAAGCGGAAAAUACCCUGUGCUGUUACCCCGUCUUAUGGAAAAGGAUGUAACAAAUUUAUAAGAAGUUUGAAGGAAAGUUUUCUGUUGAGAGGGCAGUCUGUGCCCGUUAUAAUUAUGCCUAAAAAAUACUUGUAUUUUCAGACUGGGCAGUUCUUCCGAACUAAUCUGGCCUCUGCAAAAUGGCGAUCAGUGUUAGUUAACGGAGUUUAAGGAAAACCACUUAGUUUCGCGGUAUAUUUGUGCUGAUCAUUGUAUUCCACUUUUGAAACAACCCUACAAACAUUUUGUCACCUCACAACAAGCAGUUGUAUAGCACAUAAGAACACAAUCCGAAGACAAUUUCUUUCUUUAUUUAUACAAUGAUUAAACUUGUUUACUGCUUUGAAAACAGGAUCCGUCAACAAAACGGAGUGAUAGGCUUAUUAAACAUUUAAUAUGUAACGUUUAGUGGACACUAUUGGUUAUUGUCAAAGACCAGUCUUCUCACUUGGUGUAUCUCCACAUAUGCAUAACAAACAUGUGACCAAUGGAGCUCAAUUGGUGUUCGAAGUUGCGAGAUAAUAAUGAAAGAUUGUCACACGGGGUUGUGUACUUUCAUCUGCUUGAUUUCGUGGCCUCGAGUUCUAAAUCUGAUGUCUCGAAAUCAAGUUCGUGGAAAAUUACCUCUUUCUUGAAAAAGACAUCACUUCAG